ACGAGCGCGCAGCGCGCAGCGAGAGCGAAAGCGAAAACGUUUGCUAGAAGCUGCCGCUUUAAGAGGAAGAUCUCCUGUUGCACGGAGAGGCUGGCUGCAAUCGACUUCCAGCCGCCGCACGACAAACCAACACCUACCCUAAGAAUAAAAGAAAAGCUUAACACAGCAUGGCGCAGAAGGAGAAGCUGCAGUGUCUGAAGGACUUCCACAAGGACACGCUGAAGCCGUCUCCCGGGAAGAGUCCCGGCACGCGGCCGGAGGAUGAGGCUGAGGGCAAGCCGCCGCAGCGCGAGAAGUGGGCGAGCAAGAUGGACUUCCUGCUGUCGGUGGCGGGGGGAUUCGUGGGCUUAGGCAACGUCUGGCGCUUCCCCUACCUCUGUUACAAGAACGGAGGAGGUGCUUUUCUCAUCCCCUACACCAUCUUCCUCUUUGGCGGGGGUCUCCCCGUGUUCUUCCUGGAGGUGGCGCUAGGACAGUUCACCUCUGAGGGGGGAAUCACCUGCUGGGAAAAACUCUGCCCCAUCUUCACUGGUAUUGGCUAUGCCUCCAUGGUGGUGGUGUCCUUGCUGAAUGUGUACUACAUCGUGAUCCUGGCGUGGGGCCUGUACUACCUGUUCCAGAGCUUCCAGGCGGAGCUGCCGUGGGCACGCUGCCGGCACUCCUGGAACACGCCCAGCUGCGUGGAGGACACCGUGCGUAGGAACAAGACCCUGUGGCUGGCGGCCAACACCACCAACUUCACCUCCCCUGUCACCGAGUUCUGGGAGCGGAAUGUUCUCAGCAUCUCCAGUGGCAUUGAAGAGGUGGGGUCACUGAAGUGGGACCUGGCACUGUGUCUGCUGGCUGUGUGGAUCAUCUGCUUCUUCUGCAUCUGGAAAGGGGUGAAGUCCACAGGGAAGGUCGUUUACAUCACCGCCACCUUCCCUUUCGUCAUGCUGAUCAUCCUGCUGGUGCGAGGGGUCACUCUGCCCGGGGCUGCCGAAGGCAUCAAAUUCUACCUGUAUCCCGACCUGAGUCGCCUCAAAGACCCUGAGGUGUGGAUCGACGCAGGGACUCAGAUAUUUUUCUCAUAUGCCAUCUGUCUGGGAGCCAUGACAUCACUGGGGAGCUACAACAAGUACAGAUACAACUGCUAUAGGGACUGUUUGCUGCUGGGAGGCCUGAACAGCGGUACCAGCUUUGUCUCUGGCUUUGCCAUAUUUUCCGUCCUGGGAUUCAUGGCGCAGGAGCAAGGGGUGGACAUUGCUGAUGUGGCAGAGUCAGGUCCCGGCCUGGCCUUCAUCGCCUACCCCAAAGCCGUGUCCAUGAUGCCACUGCCCACUUUCUGGGCCAUCCUCUUCUUCAUCAUGCUCCUCCUCCUCGGCCUGGACAGUCAGUUUGUGGAGGUGGAAGGACAGAUCACCUCGCUGGUGGAUCUGCACCCAUCCUUCCUGAGGAAGGGCUACCGUCGGGAGAUCUUCAUUGCUGUGGUCUGCUUCAUGAGCUACCUCCUUGGCCUCACCAUGGUGACUAACGGGGGCAUGUAUGUGUUUCAGCUCUUUGACUACUAUGCAGCAAGCGGAGUGUGCCUUCUCUGGGUAGCAUUCUUUGAAUGUAUCGCUGUAGCCUGGGUUUAUGGUGCUGAUAAUUUCUAUGAUGCAAUUGAAGACAUGAUUGGCUACAGACCAAACCCCUGGAUGAAGUGGAGCUGGACUUUGAUCACACCUAUCCUAUGCAUGGGCUGCUUCAUAUUCUCCUUGGUGAAAUACAAGCCUCUGAUGUACAACAAGGUGUACCAGUACCCAGACUGGGCCAUCGGACUAGGCUGGUUCCUGGCCCUCUCCUCCAUGAUAUGCAUCCCCAUGGUGGUUGUCAUCAAGAUUAUCCAAUCGGAUGGGCCGCUGAUCGAGCGCAUCAAAGCGGUAGCAGCCCCGGCGAAGGCGGGGGCCAGCUCGCGCCCCCCCGACCACCCUGUGAAGAGCAGCAGUUCGGCGUUCCCCCCACAGGGCCUGCUCAGGCCCACCCACACCAUUGUGGAGACGAUGAUGUGACCGCUCUCUGUGAGAGGAAGCACACGACCUGCUUUUCACGCUGUUCCCUCGCUAACGUUGCUAGUCAUAGGAACAGGUUUACAUGGCUACAUACAUAUCUGCACUAGGAGUCGUUUCAUUUUAUACAUUAAAGUUACAUUUCUUUUCUUGGUGUUUUUACUAUUUUUAUUAUGUUGUUGUUGAUAUUGUUGCUGUAGCUAGCAGGAGAAUUGGACUCAGACGUGAGGCAGUGUUUAUAAUAGCAGGAGAAUUGGACUCAGACAUGAGGCAGCGUUUAAAACAGGACUCAAUGCUCUGCUUUACCUCCAUCCUGUGGGUGAUGAAUAAACGUGAUCGUUUUUCCCUUUGGGUGGGGGGGUGAGAGCAGCACUGGAUAUGCUGGGCUGUGCUGACACACCACACCCCAGGCUGCUGUAUGUGUAUGUCAUAGUGUUUGUGCUCAUGUGCUGAGAUUUGUCUUUAAUGUGUAAUUGUUGUUGGCGUUUGUUGUUGAAAAGAGAACUGAAUGUACCUCUUCCAGCAGCUGAAGACACGCUUCUUCUGAGGGCAGGGCUUAAAACACACCCUGUAUUAGGGCUUCCACCUACCCCCCGUGGCUCUGUGCGGGGGGGAGCUGCUUUAGGCCCGAUGUACACAUGAUGGCACCGGCUGUGUAGAGCACAGCUGUCCUGUCCUACAGGGCCACACCCAGUCGGGCUGAUGCAGCCGAUUCGCUGCAUUCAGGGGCGCUGGAGCUGCGCUGGCCUGUGGCUCUGCAGGACUGCAGCUGGACGGAGCGGCUCUGCAGAAAACAGCAUCCUAAAGCAGCCAUCCCAGCACUCUCCUGUUUUUAUCCAAUGUGCUCUGCCUUCAGCCUCACUGCUCUGGCUCUUAUGUUAGUGCGUUUCUGCUCAGAACUGCAGCCAGCAGCCGGGUCACACAGAAGCACACAGCACCAAGCUCCGGUUAUGCUUCAGAGUGGGACAUUAUGCUCUGGCAUAUUUACAUUAAAAUUAAGCAUUUCUGGAAUUAUAGGGAUAUAAAAAGUUUGUUUAGUCAAUCAUUACCCCAUAAUUUCUAUUGGGCAGUGUAUUAGAUAUUUCUCUAAUCAAUAUGAAAACACUAAUAUGCUCUAUAUAUUAGCUCCCCCUGAACUAAAAUGUCAGUUUAAUCCUUAAAUCCAGUAGCCCUUAAAAUACAAACUACAAACGGCACAGUGAGAGAACGCAUCAGUCUGUGUUCUGCCCUGUGUGCAGACCCCUCGGCUGCCUGUCUGUCAGUGAACACCGUCCUGCUGUACAGCCACAGUGCAGACCCCUGGGCUGCCUGUCAGUGAACACCCUCCUGCUGUACAGCCACAGUGCAGACCCCUCGGCUGCCUGCCUGUCAGUGAACACCGUCCUGCUGUACAGCCACAGUGCAGACCCCUGGGCUGCCUGCCUGUCAGUGAACACCGUCCUGCUGUACAGCCACAGUGCAGACCCCUGGGCUGCCUGCCUGUCAGUGAACACCGUCCUGCUGUACAGCCACAGUGCAGACCCCUCGGCUGCCUGUCAGUGAACACCGUCCUGCUGUACAGCCACAGUUCUGCUCUUCUGUCUGCUCGCCUCAUUUAAAGCAAUUAUGAGUUUGUGUUGUAUUUGAUAGUAAAUCAUGUUUGUCUUUUUGUAUCAAACUUUUUUAUACUGUACAGGAGAAAUGCUCUGUAACCAAUAACCAGUUGUGAAGACAGAAAAUUACAUAAAUUAGGUGAACAUUCAUAAAUAUGAAUGAGCAGCCAUGUAAAUGCAGGUAGUGAUGUGCAAUACUUUGUUGUUUUAACUUGCAUUCAUUUGCACUUCAUUUUAAAACAUGAGACAUUUUAUGUCUUUUAAUUACAUAUUCUGCAGUCUACCAUAUGUACACCAUUUCAUGGUGCUUCAUCAAUCAAAUUCAAGUGAAACCCAAAUGCACAAAGCAAUCAAUUCAGGCUGUUCUUCUGAGAGGGUCAGUCUGUUUCCCAGGAAUCACAGACGCACUGUGACAGACAUAAGAAAAACAUUUUUUAUUUUCUGUUCUUGGAUUUUAAUUAUUAACUCAUUAAAGAAAUACUUUGUUGAUGAUGGCGAGGGAUGUAACCUGGAAGCUAAAUAAAACUCUUGGACAACAGGUUUUGCAAUGUCUACAACUUUUUCAAACUAAUAAUAAAUAACUGUCUUUGAAAUGGGCUUCAUGUUUAAAGCAGUGCAUUCAUUCAUUCACCCGUAAUGGCUGAAGCUGAUCUAAAGCUUCUUCCUGGAGGUUCCCAUGUGGCCUACAGCUCUCCUCAUAUCCCAGCAGGUAGUGCAAAUCUGCCCCCAUUGUGAUGUCACAGUAACACUGGUUGUGGAACAUGACCUGCUGAGUCUUAGUGUUGGUGUUUAUUGCCUGUAACAAUAGAUCCUGGAUCACAAUCAAGUUUUACUACAAAAAGGAUGUGGGUCAGAUUAAGUGUGAGCAAGCUGAUCUGAGGUCUGUGGUCACGGGCAGAACAUACUCAGAGUACUGGCAAUUCUUGUUCAUCCUUUGUGUGCCAGUGUACACUGAAUGAGGGUGUGUGUUAUGUAACAGGAUCCAGAUUAAAUGAGUUGUUGUUAAACCUAAGUCAGGGAGAGACAGUGCUGUGAUUUCACCUUCACAGUCUUGCACGGCCCAGGCCCCGACACUGAAACCUGGCUCUGCGCUCAGUGAUUGAUCUCUGCACAGCCCAGGCCCCGACACUGAAACCUGGCUCUGCGCUCAGUGACUGAUCUCUGCACGGCCCAGGCCCCGACACUGAAACCUGGCUCUGCGCUCAGUGACUGAUCUCUGCACGGCACAGGCCCCGACACUGAAACCUGGCUCUGCGCUCAGUGACUGAUCUCUGCACAGCCCGGCUUUGGCAGGACUGAGAAAGUGAACAUUAGGGUCUUCAGAACCAGCUUUACUGAUGAUCUAACAAACACGCAAGCACAAGCGUGCGCACACACACACACACUGACACACACACGCACG